AUGGCCAUCAACACAAUCCGUCUGGCCCGUGUGAUACCGCGCAUUACAAUUCAAAAGACGCCGUGUAAAACCCCGUUGGCAAGAUUCUAUGCCAGCUCCGGCACGCAACAAUCUAACGUGAGCGACCCGGCUUCCAGCUCGCCAGAAUCUCAAGCCAUCAACAAAUCUCGAGGUAUGAAAGGUCGGCAAUCCCACGUCGCCGAUACGCGUUCUACGCAGUCCCCAGUUUCCCCUGCGAACCAGAGGGACCUCGCCAGCGAAACUCACGAGGGAGAAGAACCGACGUCAUCGGAUGCACAAAUCAAGAAUGAUCCUAGCAUGUCCACAGAGGAGAAGAGAAAGAAUGUAGAGAGGGCUGGGCAGAGGCCUAUGGGGCCUGAGGAUCGUUAG